AUGGCGACUGCAAACGCGCAAGCCCAAGCGGACGAACCGCCACGACUGCCAGCAAACAAAUGGCACCAGUCAACAAAAGAUAUGUGGCGUCGCUCUACUCAAGCCUGGUUUGAUUCUAAGGAAAAAUAUCACCAAGCGACAGUGGAAGCAUGGCAUCGAUCCUCCGAUUCGCUCUCUAACACUAAAAGUCGAUAUGAGCAAAACACCACAGACGUCUGGCACCGUUCUUCGAAUUCGGUGACAAACUCGAAGGAUCGAUGCCAUCAGUCAACCGUGGAUGCAUGGCAACGAUCUACAAAUACCUGGAAAAACUCGAAGGCUCGGUGCCGCCAAUCGACCGCUGAGAUGCUGAAUCGCUCAGCAGUCAAGCUUUACCAGUCAACCGACCGACUGCAGAAAUUACCUCACGCCCCGAAUAAAGCCCUCGAGAACCACCAGGGUCAAAAUAUCCAAGCUUCCGAAUCAACGGUGUCGCUUUCCUCGUCCUUGCACCACCAGCCUAGUCUGUCCGCCGAGCCUUCUCCGCAAAGCAUACAAGGGUCCCAGCAAUCGACGUCGUCCAAAUCAUCACCAAAAUCGCAGCCGCCGCAUAAUUCUACUGCACCCGAAUCACCUCAGACCUCGCAGUCAUCAGAAUCAUCAGAGUCCCCAGUAUCAUUAAUCUCAUCAAAAUCCGGACACGCCCUCUCCGAAUCAUCAACAGACUCUAUGCCGCCAAAAUACCAGUUGAUCGACCCUUCUAGCAAAGAUCAACAACAAGAACUACAAAUCCGAGAGCUACUCAAUAUGACCGAUACUACCUUUUUCCAAUUGCACCAAGCAAAGCAACUUCGGAACUCAAAGUCGAGUUUGCUGGGAGAGAUCGAGCACCAAUGGAUCAACUCCACUAUCAACGACGCGUUGCAAGCAGGUCAAAUUUUGGUGAAACUCCUCGAGCCGCAUCGCCUGGAUAUGGUGAAGCGCAAGGGCAAAAUUACCUCGUCGAACAAGAAACGCUGGAAGAAUGAGGAUUGUCUGAAAGCCUACGAAAAGCAGUCCAAUUUGAUAUUACACCAAGAAAGACUCGAUAAAGUCUUCGCCCACCUUAAGAAUCUCGUCCCUCCUCAGGAAGAGACUUCGAAGUCUGGCCCUGAUUCGGAUGAAUCACACCCCCAGCACUUCUCGGAGCUAGAGGCUACCAGGAAACCUACUCCUGAACUUGCAGGCGAAGCCGUGUUUACCACGGCCCCAAUCGAACCCCAAGGUCCCAUCGAGCUUCCUUCCGACUCAGUACUUCCCCAAACUAUAAUCGCCGAGUUGCCUGGCGAUGCGAUUUCAUCUAAGCCCGAGCCUGCCAAACCAAUCCCGAAGAUUAUCAUCACUCGAACACCAGAGGAUAUUUCUGUUGAGUAUAUUGGAAGUCCGGCAACCCCUGACCAGCCACGCCAUGAAAAUGACGAAAUGAAUCAAAUCCUCGGAUGGAAGCAAACACGCAACGAUGUGCGGUUGCAUCAAUCGACUUCACUCUCGAACAUCAUUGCUGAUAUGGAUAACGCCCGCAUAAAUUAA